UUAUUAAGGCAAGUUUUGAAGCUCAUUUAACCUUGCCCAUCUACCUUUUACAGUGUUCAGUUUGUUUAGAAGUGUUAUAAAAGUUACAAGUAAAAGAACAUCCGCUACAUAUCUGUUUAGAUUUGGCAAAAAGGUGGGUAACCUGGUUGCAGAAGACGAGGCUCUGGAUAUAGUAAGUAGUGACCAACGAUAAGGGAUAUUGCAGAAGUAUUAUCCAAUGAGAUUUUCACAUUCUGAUUUAGAAUUUUAUGACCUCUCCUGCAACCUUAAUCACUAGAGAGAGACAACCAAAAAAGCCCAACUUUUUAUAUCAUCUAGCAUAGCUGAGAUAGAUUUUCCAGGUCUGCUGAGUAAACAGAAAGGCAUACAUGGAGCAGAACAGCGCGAGCAACAACUCUAAAGACCAGAAAAUUGGUAGUAAGGCCAUUAGAGACUGCAACAACAACAAUCAAAACUCUAGCAACAAGGUUAAAGAUUCAUGGAGCAACAACAGCCAUAACAGUGGAGAACAAUAUUUUAGUGGGUUCUCAUGGCCACCAAGAUCUUACACAUGUAGCUUUUGCAAAAGAGAAUUUAGAUCUGCUCAAGCUCUUGGUGGUCACAUGAAUGUCCAUAGAAGAGACAGAGCCAGGUUGAGGCAGUCACCACCAAGGGAUAGUCAGUACCCAAUUUUUAAUCUUAACCUUAACCCUAACCCUAACCCUAAUUUCUCCAACCCACCUUUGGUUUCUCCAUCAUUGACUAGCAAGCUACCUUCAGUGGCUUCUCCACCCCUUUCUUCUCUUUCCUCUCCUUCUUCGGCCUCUCUAAGUAAAAUGAAGAAAUGGGUUAUGGAUGGUGCUCUCACUGGUCAUCAACUAAGCCCGAAAGGCUCAGAUUUAACCAAGAAAAGGAGUUCAAAAUCUUAUUGCGGGAUCAAAGAGUUCAGCGGCAUCACAGAAGAAGAUGGAUGUAAGGUUUCCGAUAAGCCUCAGAUUGUUAGGUUGGACUUGGAGAUUGGUCUCCUCGGUGAAUCAAAAGAAGAAUUAGAUUUAGAGCUUCGGUUGGGGUGCUCUUAGUUGAAUUUGUGCUGCUUUGUCAAACCAUGUUUUUGAAGUUGGCAGCUUGCAAUUGGCCCAUUGCACCAGAUUCUGAUCAUCAAUUAUAAGCAGCAUUUAUAUUUAGUUAUCAAAAUUAAACUCAACCCUGAUGAAGCAUUGAGAUUUCUAGGACCUGUUUCAAUUAAUGUAAGAUUUUGUUAUGUGUUUCUGAUACUAUCCUUCAUAUGAACUCCAUGUCUAAUCUCCACUCUUAUGUGUCAGCUGUUUCCUGCUUUCUGUAUAUUCUAUCUGUGAAUAAUGCUUGUGCAAA